GUGAAUGUCCAACAGAAAAAACAAACAAAUCAAUCGAAUACGAUGUCGUCCAGUUGUUUACAUGCUAUAAAACUAUUAAAUUUAAAAGAAAAUGAAAUUAUUCCACAUCGCUUUCUCCUCUUAAAAGGUAUAGUUGAAGGUCAGAAGUGCGGGGAGCCCGAAAACGUUUCAUUAGACAUCGAAAACACACCACAAUUAGCAUCAAGCGAUUCGAGUAGUGGAAAAUUUAAGUUCUUGUUAGACCUGGGCGUGGAAAAAAGAACAAUAGAUAUAAAAAUAAAAUAUUGUAAUGCUUUGCUGGAAUUGCAAUUUGAAUAUAAACCAAAGUGUUGCAAUUAUGCCCUGCAACCCCUGCUAAUAAUUGCUCAAGAUGAAAAUAGUAAUGAUGAUAGAGUGGAGCUAUACCGGCAAAUUAUUGACUUGAAUUUGCUAUUAAUCCAAUCUGUUUAUGCAGAAAAGUUGAACGAACGUUCUUAUGGACGUCUAUGCUUCUGCUUCAAAGACCAGUGUCAAGUGUUUGUAUCCUCACUACGCAAGGAGGAAAUAUGGCAAAAGUCCGAACAUGAUCUGUGGUCACAUUUCGCAAAGGAGAUUUUGUUAUCUAAAUGGGGCCAAGAGGAUAGCCAACUAAAAUUUGUUGCAUUCAUAAAUUGUAGUCGAUAUUUGGCCGAUGAGGUGGUGCAGACACAAGACUUCUCCUACGAAAAUAUACGCAAACACAUUCAAGGUCAUGCUGCCUGUGGUGCUGGAGGUUUGGCUUUGUUCAGCUGCACCUACUUUUAUGCAUGGCCCUGCAAAUUUGACGAAACACUGCAAUGCUUUGAAGAUAAACGAAAACUUGAUUUAACCAAAGAGCCGGAUGAAAGCAACUACCGUAAGACAAGGGGUGGCGUUUAUGCUUCCAGUUUGGGGGCGGUAUGUCACGAAAUAGGCCAUAUAUUUGAUUUGGGUCACGAUCUGGAGGGUGUAAUGGGCACCAACUUUGAUUACAUCAACAAUGUCUUUAUCAUCAACACAAUGACUGAACAUUUGCCCCACAGAAUUGUGCAGCAGAAAAGCAAUGUGGCAAAACCUCGUUUUACUCAACUAAAGAAGACUGCAGCCAAUGGAUUUCUGGACUGCUAUAGAGAGCAAAAAGAAAAUGAUUCUUUUUAUUUCUCUCCAAAUUCGGCCAUAAUUCUGGCUCAUCACCCAUGGUUGGCUGACACUGCCUCUGAGGUGGCAGCUAUUGACAAUAAUGAUUUUGAUGUUGACUUUGCUGAGGACAAACUGUCACUAGUUGCCACAAAGUAUUCUCUCAAAAUCAUUGAAAUUCGUACCAACAUUAAUAGUGUGGUUGCAGAGUGGUUCGAGUUCCAAAAACACCAACAACAACCAGUCUUCCAAUUUGAUAUAAGAAAAUUUCAAAAUAGACUUAAGAAAGACUGCCACAUCUUUGUCAUGAGCUCCCGGGGACAUAUCAAAAAAUUAUUCAUUUAA